CUAUCCCUCCGCCGGGGUCUCGGUGGUGGGAGGCGGCCGCUCUGCCGUCGUCUCUAUGGUCGGCGGCACGGGAUGCGGGCUGGUACUGGCACCGCGGCGGAGGCAGUGUUGAGCUGACUCUUUCCUGGCAUGUACGAGGCAAUAAAGGCCUCUUUGUGGUGUGGGGUUUCAUGGCUGAGAAGUGCCUGCCAUUCACACAGGAAUCUCCAUAACACAGCACAGAGUGACUCCUCUACAGGAAAGAGAGCAGCAGCAGGUGAGUCGUGUGAUGUUUGCCUUCCAACAAUCACUGUACCAGAACUCCAUGAAUUCCAAAGCAACAGGAGGCUCAGCAGCCUUUGAUAUCUCCCAGCUUCCUGCCUUAUUGUGACAUUCCUUCUGGGUCCUUUAUUUUCACCCAUCUGAGGUGUAUGGUGAAAGAGCUGCAUCAGGAAAAUUGCUGAGAGAGCGGCUUGCAUACGAGGGAGGGCCAUGGGCUUGAGCUCUGCCAUCCUUCACCUUUCCUACAAGUUCAGGCUGCUGCUGAUCUUCAUCUUCUGCAUGAUGGUGGUGGCAUGGGCCACCUCCAGUUACCUUGUGGACACUGUACAGGAGACUCCCAAAGCAAAGAGCUUGGUGGAGAAUUUCAGGAAUGCAACCAUGCUGGAGAAGGAGAAUCAGAAAAAGAAGUCCAUGUCAACUGUAGAAGAAGUUCCCACAGUGAAGUCCACCGUGAGUCACUGCCCUGCUCUCUCUCCCUACCUGCAGGGCCCCAGCAAGCUCAAGUUCAAAGCAUCUCUCACAUUCGAAGAGGUACGGAAGGAGAAUCCUCAGGUGGCAAAAGGCCGGCAUCGCCCUGCAGAGUGCUCAGCACUGCAACGAGUGGCCAUCCUGAUCCCACACCGCAAUCGAGAGAAGCACCUGUUGUACCUGCUGGAGCACCUCCACCCAUUCCUACAGAGACAGCAACUGGACUAUGGUAUCUAUGUCAUCCACCAGGCUGGCAAUACCAAGUUUAACCGAGCUAAAUUGCUGAAUGUAGGAUACUUGGAGGCCCUGAAGGAGGAAAACUGGGACUGUUUCAUUUUCCAUGAUGUGGACCUGGUGCCAGAGAAUGACUUUAACAUGUACAUGUGUGACAAACAACCAAAGCACCUUGUAGUUGGCAGGAACAACACUGGGUACAGGGUUGAGAUGCAGAAGAUGAGGGUGAUGCGGCCAUCCCCUGCUGUAGGAAAGUACACUAUGAUCUUCCACACAAGAGACAGAGGGAAUGAGGCGAAUGGAGAAAGGAUGAAACUCUUGCGGCAGGUGUCCCAAGUGUGGAAAACAGAUGGGCUGAACUCCUGUUCCUAUACACUGCUCUCAGUGGAGCACAACCCUUUGUACACUAAUGUCACAGUAGAUUUCAGCGUGCCACCCAAGAUCUUGUAACAUUGUUUCCUGUAGAUUCUAGAAGACGGAAAUAGAUCUUCCUCUUGCGGUAGCUGCUGCAGUGACUGGAAAGGCAGCGUUGUGCCUCAAGGGGUCCCCCAGCAGCACAGAGACAAUGCAGAGGAAAUAGCUUCUUUCAUCCUUUCUAAUUGUUUGGUUACAAAUUUGUUUUGUGGCAGCGCUGUGCGUUAAGCUGGAGACCUGAACUGACUGAGUGGAUAUGUCACCGUGCCUGUUAGUUUGUUUUCACUGGGAUAUUUAGAAAGUCUACUUGUUCGGGCUGUUGGCUUUUCAUUGGCCUUGUUGGGAGCUUAAACUGCACCCACUGAAAGCUUCAGCUCCAGUAGCUGUUUCCAAACCUUCUGCCAUUAGAGAGCAGGACACAGUGUUUUCUAAAGGAGUGAGACUGUUAUCAUACAAAGCACAAGAAUAUUUUAUAGCCUAAAGUCUGGUUUAGAAAGGCUGAUUUGAUCUCAGCCUGGGUAAAUAAGGAAAGGGAGAGGGAAGUAAUCAUGUUAACUGCAGCCACGUUGAAGAGAAUUUAAAAACUCUCAAUAAAAUACAACCCAUUUCACUCCAAAGGAUUCCCUUGUCCUUCAUCAGUUUAAUUCAGUACCUAGUGGGAGUGCUCAAGAGUCCUGUGCCUAUAUGAAAGGCUCACUUAUUUCUGCAGCAAACCUGUAAUACAGACAGUAGUAUGGUUAUCACCUACUGUGCCAGUCUGGGCUGGGCAUUGAGGGAAUACACACAAAUAAGUAGUGUAAAAUGGAUUGAGACUACCCACAGUUUCUUGCUUCCUAGACACUGUUAGCCUGGUGCUCGGUGUGGUAUAAAUACCCAGUAAUGACUUGGCUUUUUGUAGUUCUUGCUUUAGAAAAAAUGGGGUGGAUUUGUGGAUAAACUGGUUAGCAGUUGCAGUAAAUCGCAAGUUUUUCAACUGCAAAUGUAUGGGAGUGGUGUAAGCCCCUUCUCUACAGCAGCAGACAGCACUGUGUUGACACUUGCCUGAUGGGUAGAUGUUGGUUGCAAUCAAUAAAUGUAAGAUCAUAGUCUUCUCAAGAAGAAAAGCUUUGAUUCUGAUGUUUGUUAUAUUAAUUCCUCUAGAAAGCAGAGGAAUUUAUUACCUAGAAACUUAAAUAUUAAAAACCCUCUUACGGUAGCAUGAAGUCUAAAGAAUUAUUUCCCAGCUAGUUGCUAACCGUAUUCAUUCUGUCCUGCAGAGGAAAGACUCAAGAACAGUGUCCAUCUUGGCCCCUGAAUUUGCCAACUGCAUCCAUUUGACCUUCAGACUAGCUCUGAAAUUACUAAUAUUUUGGAAUGUAGCAAAAAUUGCUGAGAUUUUAAAACCAGUGACAGAUUUUUCAGUUCCACUGUUUUCUGUUGUUGCUGAUGGUCAGGCAGGUGUUUUUUUGAGGGGAGUGGGGAAAAAAAUUCCAUCUCUCCCCUCUGUAAAACUGUCCCAAAAGCAGCUGUUGCUCAAGCCCACCCGGGCUGAACAGGAGGACUGUUUACAGUGAGGUCACAAAGGGGCAGGACCUCCCAGACACUGUUUCAGUCUGAAAAGUUAGAUUUUUUACACUCUUACCUUUUUCCUCAAAUCAAGCAAAUGGGCCAAAUUUUACAUUUCAGUCAUUCUUGCUCUCACUGUAUUGUGUGCUUAGAGUGGUUUUAUAAUGGGAAAAGUGUGGAGGGUUUUCCUAACUUAUUCCUUAAAACCAAGGAUUUUAAUUGUGUUUUAAUUCUGCCAAAACGCAAGAGACUGCAUCUUGAAAACUUGAGACAAAAGGUCAAUGUUUGGAAAAUUAAAAAUGUGUGGAAGUGAAAAUUACAAAUGAUGUAUAAUGGAAAUAGCAGAUGCUUGCUAUCAUUAAUGCUAUAAAAGCUAUGAGACACUGCUCCACCAUGAACACUUUGAAAAGUAAAUUCCAUCAUAUGCUGCCA